AUGUUCAGUGCUUGCAAGAUCGGCCUUUUCGCGCUCAGCACUUUAGAACUCAGCGCCAGUGCCCUUGCACAUCCUCCUGUGAAGCGCUCAGUGCCAGUCUUGAUGGGACUGGCUGGGCCCUUUGGUGCAAUUGCAUCCACGACCCUUACCAGCACCGGUGACACUCUCAUCACUGGCAACUGUGGAACCUGCCCUGGCACUGCCGUCGUUGGUUUCCCUCCCGGAGAGUGUACUGGAAUAACAUCUCCUGCGGGGACUGCAGCCUGCGAUGCCGAGGCAGCUUGUCUCACAGCGUACAAUAACGCGAAGGGUCUGGUAGCCACUCAAGCUCUACCGUCAUCAGAUCUUGGAGGAUUGACGCUUGGUCCGGGCGUGUACACUUUCCCCUCCUCAGCCGCCACUCUCUCAACCAUCCUCACAUUGAAUGGCGCGACCAACCCCACCGGUCAAUUCAUCUUCCAAAUCGCUACCACUUUCGCAACCUCUGCAAAUGCCAGUGUGAUACUUCAGAAUGGCGCACAGGCGUGCAACGUCUACUUCCAAGUGGGCUCAUCAGCAACCAUCUUGGCGGCUACAAAGCUGCAAGGAAACGUCUUGGCUUAUACUUCUAUAUCAGUCGCCGAGGCAGCAAGCAAUCGUGGCACACUCUGCGCACUUAACGGCGCAGUUACAUUGAUCGACAACGCGCUCACAGCUCUAACUACAUGUUCCACCUAG